AUGCAAGACCCCCAAAAUAUCAGAGAUGAACGCAGUGAGCUUUCAUCAAGGCCAAGUCAGAAUGACCCUGAAGUAUCGGAUAUAAGUCUGCUUUGGCAAGGAGCUAUUGAUCGAUACAAGGCAAUCACGGGCAAAGAGGUGGAUUUAGAACGCGCUACUAAUGUGCAGCAAGUUCUUGGAGCACUCGAGGAUAAGGAAGAAAAGUUUAAAUGGCGCCGCCAUGAUGGCUCUCAGAUCGACAAGUUUAGGACGCUUGUAAAAGAGGCACUGGCCCCUAUUCAAUUGAUCGGGGACAUUGUAGUGAAUGCAACUAAAACGGUAUAUCCGGCGACUGAGGCCAUAUUCGCCGCUAUGCGGUAUCUUAUAAGCGUCUCAAAAAGCGUUUCGGCAGACUAUGACAAGCUAGAAAACUUCUUUGAAGAUUUGCGAUCAUAUUUAACGCGUCUGAGCGUGUUGGAGCAUAAGAUCCCGGCAAUUGCGGAACUCAGAGCAGCACUUACUGAAGUUCUCGCCUCUACUCUAGUCUUAUGUGCCAUCUGUACGAGGUACCUGAAGACAAAACGCAUUGUCAAAGCACUUAGAGCUCUUCUAUCCGGCGAGGACUCUGAGCUGAAAGAAGCUUAUGAAAACCUCCACAAGGCUGUUGAACGAGAAAAAGGAGUAGUCAGGAACUGCAUUCUACUGGGAGUGGAGGAGGGAAAGUUUCAUGCUCGAGCGGCUGUUACUGGAAUAAAUGAGAACUUGGCUCUGACGGAGCGUAUUGACAACAGGCUGGAGUACGUGAUUGAGAGAUCAAACAGGAUGGAUGGAUAUUUGGACACACACGAAGUAACCGUUGAGCGGGAAAACCUUAUCAAAUGGCUAUCGAGUCUGGAUUUUUGUGACAAGCAGCGCAGCCUUUUCUCGAAACACCAUGGCGAUACUGGAAAAUGGUUGCUUGACUCCGAUAAAUUCCAGGACUGGCUCUCUGCGAGUGAUGAGGAAAGCACUAUGCUAUGGUGUGCAGGAAAUCCUGGCUCUGGAAAAUCGGUCAUGAUGUCCACUGUCAUCAAUUAUCUUGAAGAAACCACAAAGAAAGACGAAGUCGCGAUAGCUUACGUUUACUGCGAUUACAAGGACAAGCAAACUCUUUCGGAGACCAACAUUUGGGCCAGCGUUACCAGGCAGCUGGCAGAAGCGUGUAGUCAGCUACCGCCUGACAUUAUUAGUUUUCGAGACAAGUAUCUCGAAAAGAGAUCACUGCCGAGCGACGAAGAGCGUAUAUCACUUAUCACGUCUUUGUCUAAGCGUUUUCAGAAGACGUUCAUUCUCAUUGACGCGCUGGAUGAAUGCCCUGAAGAAAAUAGAGAUGCAUUUCUUCGAUUGGCUAGCGACGUGGAUGCCUCUGUACAUUUGAUGAUCACCUCUCGAAUGAAUCUGGACCUCACAGAAAGUUUUGGCCGUCUCACACAAAUCACCAUUGCAGCUCGGCCUUCAGAUGUGGAGACAUAUCUUGAUGCCAAGAUGAGAGCAAACUCAAGAAUGCGCUCAUUCUUGCGCAGAGAUAAAGCUCUCAGGAAUGAUAUUAUUAGUACUCUGGUUAAAAAGACUGACGGGAUGUUCCUCCUGGCCCACCUACAGAUUGAGUAUUUAUGUGGUCGCUCUAAUCUCAGACAAGUUCGAUCAUCGUUGAAUUCUCUGGUUGGAAAAUUAGAAGAGUUUUAUGACGCUGCUUGGCAGAGGAUAGAGAGCCUUGACGAGGGCGAUAGUCUGUUGGCUAAGAAGGCACUUUCAUACGUAUUUUAUGCCAAGAGGCCGCUGACUUCGGAGGAACUUUUUCAUGCGUUGAGUGUUGAACCUGGAGACCCAGAGCUUGAUGACUUGGCGUUUACUGAAAAGCAUAUUCUUCUGUCCGUCACGGCUGGUCUGCUCCAGAUCGGUGACGACAUGGACGACGCGAGACUCAUCCAUCUAACUCUCCAUGAAUACCUUUCGAAGCAUCAAGGCCGAUUCUUGGAACCAGAAAACCAUCUGGCAAAAACUUGCUUGACCUAUUUGUCGUUCGACGUCUUCAGUACCGGCCCUUGCCAAGUUGAGCAAGAACUCGAUAAACGAAUGGGUCAUUAUGCUCUUCUCGGCUACGCCUCCCAUCAUUGGGGAGACCACUUCGCAGCUGGCCAAGGUGAUGACGACGUUGGCGAGAUCAUGGAUUUCUUAGAAGAUGAGAAAAAGUUGGCUUCCUCAAUGCAAGCCAUGUGCAUUCCCCGACACCGCACCGCUGGUUGGCAUGAAGCCUUUCCAAAAGAAUUUACGUCGCUUCAUGCAGUUGCGUAUUGGGGCUUAUAUGAUGUUCUUGAGCCCGCUCUUGGGACUGGAGCUAGCAUUGAUCACCAAGACAGCCACGGUAUGUCUGCACUUCAUCUGGCCUCACGCCGUGGUUUUGCAAAAUUGGUGCAAGCCUUUCUCCUCCGAGGCGCCGAUACAGAUUUGAUGAACGAGCGAGGCGAAACUGCCAUGCUUUGGGCCGCGAGGAAUGGCCAUGGGAAGGUGAUGGAACUCCUCAUCGCGAAUGGUGCCGAUUCGACGAUUGAGGAUGACGAAUGCUGGACGGCUCUUCACUGGGCUGUGAUCAACAGACAUGACAACAUAGUUUUGAUGCUCCUUGACCAGCAUGCUCGAGUCGUGUCAGACAACUCGCAGACCAACAAAGCACUGAUCUUGGCUGCUGAAGCGGGCAGCAUCGGGACCCUGGAUCUUCUUCUACGCCUAGGUGCCGAAGUAGAUGCCGUUGACGAACAAGAGAGUCCUGCGCUACACUGGGCCGCCCCAGGAGGCCAUGAGCAAGCAGCCACUAUCCUUCUGAGGAAUGGUGCAAAUCCUAACUCACGGGAUUGUUAUGAGAACACACCGCUGCAUUGGGCGAUCCCAUACGAGGGAAUCACACGCCUUCUCCUUUGCAACGGAGCUAAUUCGAACUACGUGAACGACGCCAAGCAGUCGCCUUUACAUUGGAGUGCCCACGCUGGGUUCGCCAAUUCAAUAACUGCCCUACUAGAAUAUGGAGGAGACCCCAACGCACCAGAUUCGCGUGGUGUAACUCCUUUACAUAUGGCAGUGAUGCAGGGCCACGAAGCUAUAGUGGCUCAACUCUUAAGUGCUGGGGCUGAUGUCAAUACUAAAGACGAUGACGGGUGGACCCCACUACAUGCUGCCGUGGUAAGAGGUCACGGCAGCUUGGUGGAAUUACUGGCGAGCCGAGUGGAUGAUGCACAGGAGAUUUUGGAUAAGCUUCAGUCAGAAUUAUCGGGCCGGGACCAUCGCAACAUUCUUGAAGAGAUGGCCUCAAACAAAUCACAUGGAAGCAUAGUCGUGUCAGGGCUUCGUACAGCCGUAAACAGCGGGUACAAGGAGAGAAUCGUGUCGUUGAUAGAAAGCGGCGCCGACAUUGACGCUCAGGAUCCGAUUGGUGAAAGUACUGCCCUCACCCAGGCAGCCGAACAAGGACGCGCCGAUCUUGCUAGUCUUCUCCUAGAGCGUGGAGCAAAUCCCAACCAGCGAGAAAAGCACGGUAGAACAGCGCUUCAAAUCGCAGCCCGGAAUGGACAUACUGAUGUUGUCGCCGUCCUGGUAGCUGAAGGCGCUGAUAUAGACGCUAGAGUACACGGAUGGACCCCUAUGCUGUUAGCAGCAAAGAACGAGAGGUUUGAAGUUCUGGACUAUCUUAUCAGGAGAGGGGCAGAUGUCAACUCGGUCGACUAUUGUGGGCGGACAGCUUUGCACUGGGCUGCGAAGAAUGGCUGUAUGGCUUCGACACACUUAUUGUUGGAAAUGGGUGCCGAUGUCCAGAUCAAGGAUCACAUGGGAAAGACACCAUAUGAUUGGGCCGUGGAAGAACAGCACGGGUUUGUUGCUAGUAUGCUUCAUCCUUCAGAGAGCUGAAGGGUAUAGCCAACUAAGGACUAUGUUAUCGUGCUGAGCAACCCUCAUAGGAAUUAGCUAGUAAAGAGUAGCCGUAGGCGAACAUAAGCUUCUGGCUAGAAGUAUUUUGGCCUUUUAAUCGCCAGUAUGCCAGGCUUGAACCGCUAUUCAUUUAUACUGUACCGGC